UUGCAGUCAAGAAAGCUUUAAAUCGAAAUUCUGUCAUAUUCUCGGUGAUUUUGGUAGAGGCUGAGAGACCAUACUGGGAUGGAUGAAUAGCGGAUCCUGGAUGACCACGCAGGUAUUGGGGAUCGGGUGGCUCCCUCGGAGAGGAGCCCCCAGAUGCAGUCGCCUCGUCAUUGAACCCGCGACGUGAUGUCACCGCGCAUGCGCACACGCGGCGCGCGAGGAACAAUAAAAUCCCGCGCGGAGAAGGCCCGGCUCCCGCUCGCCCUCUCCUCGCUUUAGCGCCCACAAGCUCCAUUAUUGAUCUUCCGCGCUCUCCAGCUCUCCCUGUCACUCUCCCGCACUCUCGUCUCUCUUCAGCGCCCCCACCCAGUUCUCUCCCGAUGUGUCCCGCUCUUUUCAACUCUCCCUGAAGCUCCCGCCCGAUAACUCUCCCGCCAUCUGCGUCCCGCUUCUCUCUGCCGGCAGCCCCUCCUUGGCCUCAGGCCGCGACCAGGGUCCCCUCUCCCCAGUCGCGGGUCCGCGGUCUCCGUCAUCCCUGUAGUCCCCUCGCUGCGCCUAGGUUCUCUCAGACCCAGUCGUCGUAGGCCUCAGAUUUCACUGGUGGGCCUAGGGCCCUCCGGUGGUCUCAGGGUCCCUCAGGGCCCCGGCCAUGGCCCCCGUGGACCGCUAUUCGCUGCGGGUGAGCGCAGCGGUGGCGCAGGGCGGCAGGAGGUACAUGGAGGAUGCGGCCAUGGUGGUUCGGGAGAGGCUGAGGGGCCAAGAGGUCACGUUCGUCGCGGUGUUUGACGGCCACGGAGGUUCCGAGGCGGCGCUGUUCGCGAGGCAGCACCUGUGGGCCGCGCUCAGGAGGGACCGGCAGCUGCUGUCGCCGCAGCCCGAGCGCGUGUGCGGGGCCCUCAGGAAGGCAUUCAUCGCCACACACCGCGCCAUGUGGCACAAGCACCCCGAGUGGCCACGCACGGUGAGCGGCCUCCCCAGCACGGCGGGCACCACGGCUACUGCGCUGCUGUUCCGGGGCUCCCACCUCUACGUGGCGCACGUAGGGGACUCGGGGGCGGUUCUGGGAGUGCGGGGGGGACCCAGCGGGACCCUGCAGGCCGUCGAGGUGACGCGCGAUCACAAGCCCGAGUGUCCACGAGAAAAGGAGCGCAUCGAGCGCCUGGGCGGCAGGGUGGUGAGUAAGGCCGGUGUGGAGCGCGUCGUGUGGACCAGGCCGGUGCUUGCCCACACGGGGCCCGUGCGACGCAGCACGGCCGUGGACCACAUCCCCUUCCUCGCCGUGGCACGCGCCCUCGGGGAUCUGUGGAGCUACGAUUUUGGCCGCGGGGAGUUUGUGGUGUCCCCGGAGCCAGAUGUGUCAGUGCGGACCAUCGACCCGAGUCGUGACGCCCUCAUUGUCCUGGCGAGUGACGGCGUUUGGAAUGUUUCGUCGCCCGCCAGCACCGUCAGCACCUGUUGGGACGAGUGCGAGCGCCGCGGAGGGGUGGAGCGGGAAGGAGCGCCGUCCCUGGCCGGCCUGCUUGUGUCACACGCCCUAGCUCGGUGGCGCGGGCGCAUGCUGCGUGCCGACAACACCACGGCCAUCGUGAUCCGCGUACUUCCGGCCUCACCACAGGGCGAACGUGGCCCGGCCGCCCCCCUCUCCCUCCUCCUGCCCCCCCCACAGGGCACAGAUUUCGACAGUGGCCGGGAACUGGCCAUGACCAUCUCUGAAGAGGCCUGCGAUGAGGGCCUCGAUGCUGGAGAAGAGGAUCUCACCGGGGGAGGGGUUGGGCUCGUUGCCUGUGCCGCCGUGUGCCGUGAGAAGCGGAGUUCCGGGCACGUGCAUGACGUUGAGCUCACUACGGCGUCCGCGCGUCCAUCCCGUCUGGGUUCGACGAGGCCUUCGCAGGGCCCCCCGGCCCCCCACGACGGGGCGGCCACUGCCGUCACGUUAUUAGACAGAUGGGGCACGGAGCCCCCCUCCCCGUCGGCCGUGAGGUCCUUCGGCCCCCUUUCCACCACGUGUGCGCGGGUCAAGGGAACCCUGGGGGAGUCGAGCGUCCCCAACUCGGCCCUCCCUGCCAAGAGUCCCCGGUGGGGGGAGGCGGGGGGCGCCGGGGGGCCCAAGCCUAGAUUGGCGGGGGGAGGCGGCAGCACCGCCGCUGGGCGUCGGUGGCGGCGCCGGCCACGCAGGGUAAACGGCGCGGCCGCCCGGUGCGCCCGGACGCUCCCCGUCGCCACUACGAAGACAACAGCGAUCGGCGUGCGAUAGGGAUCACCGGAAGGGGUCAACGAGAGGGUUCGGUGAUGGGAGUCAGUGGGGGUCAACUGCCAGGGGUCACGUUCCACCUGGUGGAGUGGAGGGGUAGCUGUCGUGGUGCUCAAGGCUCUUGUCCCCACUCUUUUAAUCGGUUGCUGUGUGCUGUGGGAGAGUGUUGCUACGGGUUGAGUUGUCGUGAGAUGUAGGUGUCAUCUGCCUCGUUUAUAAUUUCUAUUUGUUCAAAUGGAUGGGACGAACAAACGUGUGAAAACGCAUCUCAAGGACGAGAUGAAAAGUUAUCAUACUCGUGUCUUUUAUAUUUGUUCGGACUAAAUGCAUUUUUGUUGCAGUGAAAUGAAGUUUAAAUAAAUUACGCGUGACGGCUCACAGCAAAUUACUCCUAAUUGAGACGCUAAUGUUAUUGGCAGAAAGUGCCCGUGACAGAUAAUUCCUCUUGAAAACGGUGAAACUCGUUCAACUUUGGGUGGCAGCGCGGUGGAAACACUCGUGGCCCAUAGAAGUACCUUGGUUUGACUCCUGACUCGGGUGCCUCUGUGUGGAGUUUGUAUGUUCUCCCUCUGUUCUGCAUGAGUUUCCUCCAGGUUCUACUUCCAUAGCUAAAAUAAAAAAAAAACAUACAAUGUAAGCACCUCUAAUGAGCAUGGUUGGGUAUGUACGGUGCAAAAGAAGUUCGACAUAGAGUAUUGGCCAAACAAUGCAGAAAAAUCACCUUCAAAUUGGGAUCGCACAAAGCAACAUCACCCCAAACUGACAAAUUUGCAGGACCCUCCUGAAAAAAAGUAUUAAGCCUUGGAUGGGAUAUUCUGGGUAAACGGGGGUAAUUAUAAAAAUAAUAUUUGUACCUUUUAUCCUUUCCAUUUAUUUUGUCAUUUUAAAAGCAGUGCGAGUCGUUACUGUCGUGAUGGGUGCUGCAGGCCCUGUGCCAUGCCUCAAUAAAAGUUUCUUCUUUCUCCA